UUGAGUUCCUCACAAUUUCAAACAUCUUCCGAUCUUUUUUCUUUCCAAGAGCUUGCAUCAGCACACAUCAACAUCUUUCUCUAGCUAGCUACCAAUAAAUCAGCCAGCUAACUCACAAUCCACUCAACUCAACUCAAGAUAAUCAGAAGACCAAUAAGCCAAGAUGGAAUCUCCCCCUGCAAUCCACUCCAUGUCCAAGCUUCAGUUGGAUGACAGUCCUCAUGUGCACCGCAACAGCAUUGGUAGCAAGCCAAACUCUCGCAAGCAAUUGGACACCCACAACACCGGCAGUCGCCCCAACUCCAUGAGAUUCAGUACCAACAGCAACGGUGUUCGCUUGGAUGACAGUCACCGUGUUCCCACGCUCAACCACAACAGCUUGGGUUUGAACAUUAUGGGAGUUGCCAAGAAUUUCAUGGCUUCAACUAAGACAAGCACUACCGGUAGUAGUACUGGAGGUAGCAGGCCCAACUCGAGCAAGCAAAUGCGUGAGCAGCCCUCGUCGUCUUCUUCUUUGGCCAAGCCCAGUCAGACCAGCAAGAAUACUACUCAGACCAACGGCAAUCACUCGCGUCUGCCCGUGACGACCAAACUCAAGAACAGUACCCGAUCGGACCCCAAGUACCUCCUGGAAGACAGUACCCGUACCGCCAGUACCACGUCGACUACCGCCUCGGACAAGGAGAACCGCGAGGAACCCGUCUACUUGGAUGAAAUGUCGCACUUGCUUUUGGAAGAACUCCACCACGAUACCCAAGCCAAGGUUGUCAUUCGGGCAUUGGAACGCUUGACUGUCUUUUGCAGUCAAUCCACCGAACUCUGCAGUCAGGCGUGUCACAUGGGAGCUCCCGCCACGAUCGUCAAUAUCAUGAAAAAGUGGUCCGUCCAAAAGGCCAUUUGCGCCAAGGGCUUUCGCGCCCUCAUUGCCAUGACGGUCGGAUGCAGUACGGAGCAAGAACAAGCCCGGGUCCGCAAGACGCUCUGGAUGGUCGGUGGCGUCCAAGAGAUCCUCAAGAGCAUGGGACGAUUCCCCCAGUCGCGAUCGGUCCAGUUCUUUGGCUGCAAUGCUCUCUUGAGCAUGCUGCCAAGUGGUUGUGAUGACAAUGAUGAUGCGGACAGUGACAAGAUCAAAAAGUGGAUGGGACGACGGUUCGUCCGGGAAUACAAGGGUGUCAAGGCUGUCAUUUCCGCAAUGAUUCAGUUUGAAGAAGAUCGUGCCGUACAGGAAGCCGGAUGCAGUGUCUUGCUCAAGCUCGCCACCUUUAUGCACGACAAUUCGGCCGAUCGCAAAAUGAUGUUGGAAUCGGGAGCCGUCUCGGCCUUUUCCGUCGCCCUCGAAUCGCAUUCCAACGAUGAAGAGAUUCAGCAUUACACCACCUUGUUUAUGAAUUUCAUGUCCGGGGAUGCCUAUUAGAUUACUAGAAGAAGAAAAGCGAACAUGAAAACGAUCAGGUCCUGGUUGUUGAUGAUCGCUCAAGAGUUACGACGGUUCCUGGGAGUUAUUUUUUUAAAACUGACUCACCUCCAUGCUUGGGCGCCACGGACAGCCCCAAGCAAAACGAAACAAAGAGGUGAAGCUGCUACCACUCCAUGGGAACUUGUGUUUUUGCAAUAUUGUUCAUAGCGAAAUGUCCUGUCCAAGAUAAGUAGAACUUACAUAGAG